AAAAGCAUUUGACAUUUUACAAUAACAAAAAACAAAAAAAAGUUGAACGAUAGAUACACUCCUCCAUCACGUACCGACGAGAUAUUCGCAAAACAAUGAAUCACGGUCCACAGCCUGGUGUCGGUGUCGGUGGAAUGCCUAUGGUCGGCAUAUCUCCAGGUAGCAUGAUGGCUUCGUCUCCGCAACAAAUGCCAGGUAUGAUGAGUCAGCAACAAAAUCCAGGAGCCAUGCCUGGACAACCACAACCGACUGACAACAUUUCCAAAGUCAAAAGUUUAAUGGUUCCAUUACGCGAUUCUUUAUCGACAACGCUGAAACAGGCCGCUCAACUGGUUCAACAUAAUAACAUGACGGACAAUGGAAACUUGAAGGGCGUUGAUAAUAACAACCCGCCACCGCGGUUCGAUAAAAAUUUGGAAGAAUUUUAUUCCAUUUGCGAUCAAAUCGAAUUGCACUUGAAAACUGCCAUUCAAUGUAUGCAACAAGGUUCGUCAUCCCAACGUUAUCUGCCUGUACCAGUAGCUUCCACUCGAAUUGAACCGAUAAUGCCACCGACAGAUGGACCCAUUUCCUAUUCGCAGUAUUUGUCUUUGGUUCGAACACAGAUAGCGUAUGCUAAAGACAUUCAUGAUACGUUGAUCUGUGCAGCAACUGUGGUAAAAAACGAAUAAAAUUUAGUCCAAGUGUGGUAGAA